AAAAAAAAAAAAAAAAAAAAGAAGGAAAAAUAGAAAAGCCCUCCGUCCGCUGGCAGAGUGAGAGAGAAGAAGAGAGAGAGAGAGAGAGAGGGAGAGGAAAUCAGCAGAGCAAUGGCGUCGUCGUCGAGCAGCGGACUGACGUUCAAGCUUCAUCCGCUGGUGAUAGUGAAUAUAUCGGAUCAUUACACGAGGGUUAAGUCUCAGAUGCAUCCUCCGCUCACCGCUACCAACGGCUCUGAUGGAGUCGAUAAUACCUCUUCUUCUCCUUCUUCUUCUUCUUCAUCUCCGUCUCGGUCGCCGCCUCCUAGGGUUUAUGGUUGUGUCAUCGGAAUCCAGAGGGGACGUACCGUCGAGAUCUUCAACAGCUUCGAGCUUCUUUAUGAUCCCUCUACUCACUCGCUCGACCGAGCUUUCCUCGAGAAGAAGCAAGAACUCUAUAAGAAGGUUUUCCCUCACUUUUACAUACUUGGUUGGUACUCCACUGGAAGCGAUGCUCAGGAAUCGGAUAUGCACAUUCAUAAAGCUUUGAUGGAUAUCAAUGAAAGCCCUGUUUAUGUUUUGCUUAAUCCAUCUAUUAACCAUGCUCAAAAGGAUCUUCCUGUCACUAUCUUCGAAAGUGAGCUGCAUGUCAUAGAUGGGAUUCCUCAGCUCAUAUUUGUUCGCGCAAGCUACACUAUUGAGACAGUAGAAGCAGAACGAAUCUCAGUUGAUCAUGUUGCUCAUCUUAAACCAUCUGAUGGAGGUUCAGCCGCAACACAAUUGGCUGCACACCUUACGGGCACACAUAGUGCCAUCAAAAUGCUGAAUAGCAGAAUUAGAGUACUUCAUCACUAUCUUCUUUCAAUGCAGAAAGGUGAUAUUCCUUGUGAGAAUUCACUGCUAAGACAAGUGUCAAGUCUUCUAAGAAGGUUGCCAGCCAUUGAAUCAGGGAAGUUCCAAGAUGAUUUCUUGAUGGAAUACAAUGACACGUUGUUGAUUACAUACCUAGCCAUGUUCACCAACUGCUCGAGCUCAAUGAACGAGCUAGUCGACAAGUUCAACACUGCUUAUGAUAGGCAUAGUCGAAGAGGUGGACGAACUGCAUUUUUCUAGAAGUUGCUUAUUGGUUGGCAGUUUUGCCUUGUUGAAAAUUUUUUAGGUGCUAUUUCCUUCUUUCUGUGUGCAUGGCACAUACAAGCGUAGGAUUAUAUUUACUAGUACUUGAACAGUACAGAAAGAAAUAGAGAUCUGUGUAAGGUUCUUUUGUACAAGAACAAUCUGUUUUUGGGUGGUUUAUAUUUUAUUUACAGUGGACAUCUCGUUGGAGGAUAGAGCAGGAUCACCACUACUGGCCUUUACCUGACCCCACAAAGGGAACGGUCCAAAAUGGAAUUUUCAUUUUCAUUA